CAAGCUGUAUUACUACCCAAGAAAACUGAGAAGAGUAGCUCUUAAGACGUAUUGAAAAACCAAUCGGCCCUUUUUAGGGCCACCAAGAAUUUCUAUGAAGGAUGGCCCAUUUUUGAAUAGCAGUUUCGAUAUUUACAGUGCGAUGAAACCCGGAAUAAAAGGUGUUCCUCAACUUCUGGACGUGACUCGUCAGCCUGGGAGACCGAAAAAACGUAAAAAAAUAACUUUAGUCUUCGACGAAGAGAAGAGGAAGGAUUUUCUCGGUGGUUUCCACAAGAGAAAACUGCAGAGGAGGCGAAAAGCCCAGGAUGAAUUGAAAGUAAAAUUGAAAGAAGAGAAAAAGAGGAUUAAACAAGAGGCUCGUGAACGUUUUAAGACACUUGUGUCCCAACGAGACGUCCCGGAGCUCGAGGAACUCUUGCAGAAGACGGAAUACGAAGCAGAUGGAAAGACAGUCAGCAUAUUGGAGUUGAAUGUCAAUGAUUUGAGUCAAAGCUGCAACUGGAUCGGCGAAAAUCGACCGAAAUACGAAGAGGAAUCUGAAGAAGAGGAAGAGGAAGGCCACCAGGGAGAGAAAGUCCCGGGGAUGGAGCUCAAUCCUAGAAAGUCCAAGGAUCUCAAGGAAAAGGAAAAAUCCAAUCACCAAUUGUCGAAAAAAUCCAUAAGCAAAGCGAGGCAGAAGGAGACGUUGAAGCAAGCCAACAGGAGUAAAGUAUUUCAAUUAAAACAAAGAUUGGAUCGUCAGAAAAAUAAGAAACUUGCGAAAAAGGCGCAAUUCAAACAGGAGAGAGCCAUGAAGAAGGCCAAAGGCAAAACUAAACGAAAAUUGAUGAAGAAAAUGUAGAGAAAAUUUGUAUUUUUCUAUAAAUUAAAUUGUUUUGUAACGAGCUA